AAGCGAAAUGACAUUUCCUCUUUAAAUAGCCGGAGCCCGGGCCCCACAGAGAAAUGGCCGCGUCGGCAGAUUUAAGUAAAUCUUCCCCAACACCGAAUGGGAUUCCGUCUUCAGACACAGCCAACGAUGCCAUGGACCCCUUCCAUGCUUGCAGUAUUCUUAAGCAACUCAAAACAAUGUACGAUGAGGGGCAGCUGACAGACAUUGUAGUGGAAGUGGAUCACGGGAAAACGUUUUCCUGUCAUAGAAACGUUCUUGCUGCAAUCAGCCCUUACUUCAGAUCCAUGUUCACUAGCGGCCUUACAGAAAGUACUCAAAAAGAAGUUCGAAUAGUCGGUGUUGAAGCUGAAUCAAUGGAUUUAGUGUUGAACUAUGCCUACACCUCCAGAGUUAUUCUGACAGAGGCCAAUGUUCAAGCCUUGUUCACUGCAGCUAGCAUCUUCCAGAUUCCUUCCAUCCAAGACCAAUGUGCUAAGUAUAUGAUCAGUCAUUUGGACCCACAAAAUUCUAUUGGGGUCUUUAUCUUUGCUGAUCAUUAUGGUCAUCAGGAACUUGGAGAUCGAUCAAAAGAAUACAUUCGUAAAAAGUUUCUGUGUGUCACCAAAGAACAAGAGUUUCUUCAGUUGACAAAAGACCAACUGAUAAGUAUACUAAACAGUGAUGAUUUAAAUGUAGACCGAGAAGAGCAUGUUUAUGAAAGCAUUAUAAGGUGGUUUGAACAUGAACAGAAUGAAAGAGAAGUGCACCUUCCAGAAAUUUUUGCCAAAUGCAUACGUUUUCCUUUGAUGGAAGAUACCUUUAUAGAGAAAAUUCCACCUCAGUUUGCACAGGCUAUAUCCAAAUGCUGUGUAGAAAAGGGACCAUCCAACACCAAUGGCUGUACACAGAGGCUUGGAAUGACUGCUUCUGAAAUGAUCAUAUGUUUUGAUGCUGCCCACAAACACUCAGGAAAGAAGCAAACAGUGCCUUGUCUAGAUAUAGUCACAGGAAGAGUGUUUAAACUAUGCAAACCACCAAAUGACUUGAGAGAAGUUGGGAUUCUCGUAUCACCAGAUAAUGACAUUUACAUUGCAGGAGGGUACAGGCCAAGCAGCAGUGAGGUCUCCAUCGACCAUAAGGCGGAAAAUGAUUUCUGGAUGUAUGAUCAUUCCACCAACAGAUGGCUACCCAAACCGUCCUUGCUGCGAGCCAGAAUAGGCUGUAAACUAGUGUAUUGCUGUGGUAAAAUGUAUGCAAUUGGAGGUCGUGUUUAUGAAGGUGAUGGAAGAAACUCACUAAAAUCUGUGGAGUGCUACGACAGUAGAGAGAAUUGUUGGACAACUGUUUGCGCAAUGCCAGUUGCAAUGGAAUUCCAUAAUGCUGUGGAGUACAAAGAGAAGAUCUAUGUUUUACAGGGAGAAUUUUUCCUCUUCUAUGAGCCUCAAAAAGACUACUGGGGUUUUUUAACCCCCAUGACUGUGCCUAGAAUCCAGGGCUUAGCAGCUGUAUACAAGGACUCUAUCUACUACAUAGCUGGAACCUGUGGAAAUCAUCAACGUAUGUUUACUGUAGAAGCCUAUGAUAUUGAGCUCAAUAAGUGGACUCGUAAAAAGGAUUUUCCAUGUGAUCAAUCCAUAAAUCCAUACCUUAAACUGGUACUUUUCCAGAACAAACUCCAUUUAUUUGUUCGAGCUACUCAAGUGACUGUUGAAGAACAUGUCUUCAGAACCAGCAGAAAAAAUUCCCUUUACCAAUAUGAUGACAUUGCUGACCAGUGGAUGAAAGUAUAUGAGACCCCAGAUCGGCUCUGGGACCUUGGCCGGCAUUUCGAAUGUGCUGUUGCCAAACUCUAUCCUCAGUGUCUUCAGAAAGUCCUUUAAUGAGUAGCACGCCUUAGUGCAUCACUGGCGUUUCAUACUUAGGAAACUUGUCUUAUGAUAGAAAGGAGUGCUGUCAGUAUUUAAGAAAGCUGAGAGAGUUUCGUACACAGAAAAGGGUGCUCUUAAAGAUUGGUGUAGGAAGGAAUUUGCUUUCAUCCUUGUGAUGUUUCAUUUCAGUAAGAAAAGGUAACAAAGUGCAAUUAUCAGCAAUUUUUUUUCUGGCAUAAAAGUAAUCAUAUUCUAGAUUUUUGUGAUAGUCACUGAGAUACCAGAAGAAUCAAGACAACUAUGCACUCAGAAGAGCAUUUAGAGUAUUAUUGAGUAGAGACAUUUAAACUAGUUUGACGUGACUUUUUAUUUUUAAUACGGGUAACAAUCUGAGGCAAUAUCACUAGGAUUUUACUUUAGCUGUGACCUCUCUAACACAGAGAAGCACUAACUUAGAUCCUCAUUCUUAAUAUUUAUAUAUAUAUAUUUUUUGUGUACUGUUUUCAAGUGUACUGAGAUUUAAAUGUGUUCUGUUAUUAGAGUAGAUUGAAGGAAAAACAAAUGAGUCUCAGAAAGAGCUUUUCGUCUGAUUGUUUCAUAUUUCCCACGUAACUUUAAGUUAAGCUAAAGUUUUUUUAAGUGGCAGUUUGGGUUGAUAACUUUUUCAAGUGCUAACACUGUCUCAUUUUUUUUAAAUCUGGAAGAGUGCUCAAAUUAACAGGUGGCUGGUGCUAGUCUAAGUUAAUUCAUGUGUAUAACUAGAUAGAUUUAAAUGGUCUGAGCCUAUGCCUGUCUUUCAAAUUGGUAUGUGAGUUUCAUGGCUGUAGUACUUUACCUGUUGAACUCUUGUGAUUUCACAAGAUUUUCUACUUAUGUGAUAGCAAGAUAUGGCCAGUUACUGGUCUAGCUGGACUCAAUCUUAGAAUAUUAAGAACAUUAUACUGAGUUUGCACUAACAUGGGCCAUUUGUUGCUCAACUUCUUUUUCCAUCUACCUAUCCAGUCAUUGUCGGUACAGCAGAAGGUAAUUUAAUUGUCUUCUGCACAGAUCCUAAUGUGAACUUUUACACCUACUUUUAAAAUUCUGUUUUCCAGAAAUAUACAACUUCUGCAGUGGUCUAGUUUAAUUGCUUUUAAGUUUCAUAUUACAAUUAAAACCUCAUUUUUUUUUUCAUUUUUGCACUUAACAGUGAUGGAUGCUUUUACAUUGAAAUCCUCGUUCUAGCUGAAGGGAGUUGAGAAGGAAAAGAGUGAGUGAAUAGAACCAUAGCUUUAUAGGUACGAAAUCAGUUUUCAUAUUUAACUGAUGAAUUUCUAACAAUCAGUUAGGAAUAUUAACGUGAAGGACAAACCAACUCAUUUGUAUAUCUCUAAAGCAGGUAUUUGGAUCAGUAAGUUAUUUUUUACUAAGCCUGGAAUAAUUGAUAAAGGAUUUAAGUAUAGCCCAGAGUCUGUCCUCAAUCAGAACAUUUUUAUUCACUUAAAAGAAGCAAACUGGCAUGGUUUGUAUUUUAAAAAUCUUGCACAAAUUGUAAUGUGAUACUGUGAAACAAAUUUAAAACAUUGCCUCUUUGCAUCACAUACCUCGUUUUUCAGAAGCUUUCCAAACUGCUUUACGUAGACCUCUAUAAGUAGGGAAUGUUUUGUGAAACAGAAGUUUAACAGCAUUUAUAGAAUUAACAUUUUAAUAUAUAGUCUUAGAAAGCUAGAUAUGUGAUUUCUUCUUAUUGGCCUUUAUAGUGUGUCUGUAAUCUCUGUAUAAACUUUGUCAAACAAUUAUUUUUCCCUCCCUAGUUUAUCAUGCUGUUUGGGGGUUAUUUCUGUGAGUUUUUAAGUCAUUAUUUACAGUUUUGCAUUGCGGAGGAGAGGAACAAAACAAAAAUAACCAGUUUUUGCAAGAGAUGUUCAUGUAAUUUAUUUUUGAAAGCUUUGUUUAAUAAGAUUUCCUGCCGCUUUUUGACAAUCUUCUGUAUUUAGAAAAAUGUAUUACUUGAAAACAUGACAUAGAACUUUGGGUUAGCAAUUUACAUGUGCUGUGUGAUAUGUAAUAGAACAACAUACUGUGGUUAAUUCUAUAGUAGAUUUAUUCUCUUGAUCUGCACAACAGUUGAUCUUUUGCUAUAACAAUUUAUAUUGAAGGUAUGAUCUAAGUUUAGUGUGUCAGAACCAAGGCUUAGGAUUUGUUAUGGGAGUAGAAUAUAUAUUGAAUUUUGUAUGAAGAACUAUUUGUUUAAAUUAUACAGCUGGGAUAUUUUACCACUUUUAAAAUGGAUUCAGAAGAGGUCCUAGAAGACUAAGAUUAGUGAUAUGUGUGGGUUUACGUUUAGAUAUUUAAGGUACAUUUUCUUAGUGUGAUGAAAAUAUAAGUAAAAGGCACAAUGGGUACUACAGAAUUAAAAUAUAGGUCUAACAUAUGCCAGUCCCACUUUAACUUUGUUUUUUUGAAGAAUGUAUCUUAGCACUUUCCUAUGUAUUUUUUACACAUUGAAAACUGGACUUGGUAUAACUAUGUUACAGGAAAGUAGAAAUUGUAUUAUUACCUUCCAUCUUUUUCUGUUAUCCUACAAAGUUGAUAAGCAUCAAGGUGAUUUCCUUGGUCAUGAGAAAAAGUGGAUGUGAUCUUCAAGGAACUAGAUUUCCUAUGUAAAGCAGUUUAAAAUGGCAUUCAAUGUUCAGUGCUCAGGUAUGUAGUAAGUACUGUAGUCCUGUGGGGGCAAAUGUGUAGAUAUUUUUAAACAUUUUGCCAUAAUUGCACAAUUUUUUGCAUUUUUACCUGAUGUCAUUGUUUCUUAAAAUAAAACCUUUUCUGAUUGAAAA